GUUACCCUUCCGAUUGCUGGUACGUGCAUAUUCGGCUGAUGUUGCAUUCACACCGAUGAUCUAUGCGAAGCAUUUUGUUGCCUCGGAGAAAUGCCGCGAAGCCGAGUUCAUCACCAGCAUUGGUCUCUCCUUUAUUGCUUUAAGCACUUUUGUUCGUCUGAAGCAGUUUUACGUCUUGUUAUUUUAUGCAGGUGACCAGCCAACAAUCGUCCAGUUUGCCACAAAUGAUCCUGAAGAAUUUGCUGAAGCAGCGAUGUUCGUGAGCAGGAAUUGUGAAGGCGUAGACUUGAACUGUGGUUGUCCGCAGCGCGAUGUUAUGAAAGAGGGAUAUGGGUCAAGCUUGUUGACCGAGCCAGCACGGAUCGCCGACAUCGUUGCGACCACUCGGCGUCGAAUUUCGCGAGCAGACUUUACUGUAAGUUUUGACGGCAUCACUUUUUUAUCAUUUCAGCAGCUAACUCUGGAAACGUGUCGUCGAGCCGAAAGCGCAGGCGUAUCAUUUAUAACAGUGCAUGGGAGAACUCCUGAACAACGCUCGGAACCAGCCGAUUUUGACAUGAUAAAGCUGAUCAAGUCAAGUUUGUCGAUCCCUGUGAUUGCAAAUGGCGGUGUGAAAAGUUACAAACAGGCACUGGAAAUUGCGAAAUACACGGGAGCAGAUGGUAUCAUUCUCUUAUAA